AUGUCUCGGGCGUCAGGCUUGGGCGACUUUGGUCGACUUCCAUAUGAUGUUCGAUGCUUAAUCUGGACUGAAGUCGCGGAAGAAACGAACCCUUCAACAGAUUUGGCUUUUCUAGCCUCUGACCCUUGUUUCUUACGAGCCAGCAUUCUCCGAGCAAGCAUCCUACGAGCCAGCAAGGACAUGUACGAGGAAAUAAACGGCUUUUUGUUCUUCGGGGGCACGUUGCAGAUCGAGAUGGGCCCGCAUGCUGAUACCCUCCUCCGCUUUUUGCGCUAUCACGCUCGUCAAGUUGACUCCAGUCCCUCUCUACUUGGUGAAGGCGGCGUUGAGACCUCCCUGUACAUGGACUCCUGCAGCCUCGAUCUGUUUCCCUGGCAUAUACUCGACGGAGUUGAAGUGAUACUUGAAUCGCCAUACACAAUGGGGGUUGAGGGUAUAUACUACAUGUGGAGAAACAUUGAGAUUGCGGUCAAGCUGCUUAGGAAGGCUUGUGUUAUACGCCGCCUCACCGUAUCUUUUCAUGAAGAAGACCUUGUCCAUCCGGGAAAUCCUGGUCUGCGUGACUUUGACUACGGGUUCUUUCUACGUCCCUUCGGCCAACUGCGACAAACGAUACCCCUCAUUGAGAUAAUGUCUAGUUCGAAUGCCUUCGUAUCUCAAUUAGAUUGGAGAUCCAUCGACUGUAUUCUUGGUACGAACUACGAGCCAGGGACGGACAACGAGCCGAUUGGCCAGCAGGAACUCCGAUGCAGAUUGGCGGAAGACUGGUACAACGUUUGCCUCAUGGCUUCAACUCCCGGUGCUCAGUGGGGGGUUUCACUUUCGACCCUUGAGCCUAUUCAUCAAGCGAUCCUUGCGGGAUGGUUGAGGGAGAUGCCAGGCGGCAAAAAUGAGUUCGAAGAACGAUUUGACUGGCUGUGGACCAACUGCCGAGACUUCUUACACAAGGUCAACCCUACAUUCUCCCUUAUCCUGAAAACAUAUCGGGCUCUCAAACAUAGGACAUGGGCAGCUGAUCCCAUGGAUGAUCGCUUCGCUCUCAAGAAAACGAUGACCGAGCUUGAUGGACUAGCUGAUUCCCUGGGCGCAGCCUAUAUUACCUGUUUUAAUGGCUCCCAAGGCGUUGCUCAACAGCCAUAUCAUUAG